UAAACGAAAUAACGAUUAAAUUAAAAAUUACAAAACCGCAACAGCGUAAAGAAAAACCCAAUCCAUCUUCCUCUAACUCGGAGCUCCAUUUUCAUGGUUCUUACCUCUCCAGGAGAAGAGGCAGAGUGAGCAAGCAACUGAAACUUUGAACAAGCUUCCCCAAAACCAACGAACCUCCGCCCAACAAUUCCUUAAGCUCUCUGUUUCGAGCUCCGCUGCCUACUCAAUCCCUCACCGACUUUAAAAAAAAUGAACACUGUGUUACCGCAUCGACCGAGCUUGGUCUUGUCUCCGGUCCCGGUCCCUGACCGAACCCAGAAUCCAGUUUUCCGUCGAACCCAUUAUUUUGGAUUGGCGCCUUUAUCUAAGCCGGGUCUUCGUGGUUCUCUCGCCGUAGCCAGACUCGGGUUCAAACCCGAUUUCUUUCCUGACCCUGAUAGCACUGAGGGGUUUGUUAGGGAGCUUUUUGGUAGAGCAGAAGGUCUUCUCUACACGGUUGCUGAUGCUGCUGUUUCGUCUUCUUCUUCUUCGGAUACUGUUACUACAGCUAAACAAAACAGUGAUUGGUUCACUGGGAUUACCAAUUAUAUGGAGACUAUUUUGAAAAUUUUGAAUGAUGGACUAAGUGCUUUGCAUGUUCCCUAUGCCUAUGGUUUCGCUAUAAUACUCCUUACUGUUCUUGUGAAAGCUGCCACAUUUCCUUUGACAAAAAAACAGGUUGAAUCUGCAAUGUCAAUGCGAGCAUUGCAACCUCAAGUAAAAGCUAUUCAGCAACGUUAUGCUGCAGAUAAGGAGAGAAUUCAGCUUGAAACUGCCCGACUAUAUAAAGUAGCUGGCAUAAAUCCUUUAGCAGGGUGCCUGCCAACACUUGCCACAAUACCAGUCUGGAUUGGGUUAUAUAGAGCUCUUUCAAAUGUGGCAGAUGAGGGACUGCUUACUGAAGGAUUUUUCUGGAUACCCUCCUUGUCUGGUCCAACAUCAAUUGCUGCCCGGCAAAAUGGAAGUGGCAUCUCUUGGCUUUUUCCAUUUGUAGAUGGUCAUCCACCCCUUGGAUGGUCAGAUACUUUGGCAUAUCUUGUGUUGCCUGUAUUGCUGAUUGCCUCACAAUACAUAUCUAUCCAAAUUAUGCAGUCAUCACAGAGUAAUGAUCCAAACAUGAAGAGUUCUCAAGCAAUUACAAAGUUGCUACCUUUAAUGAUUGGUUAUUUUUCGCUUUCAGUUCCUUCCGGUCUGAGCCUUUAUUGGCUAACAAACAAUAUUUUGAGCACUGCACAACAAGUAUGGCUUCAAAAGUUAGGGGGGGCUAAAGUUCCCGUGAUGCAAUUUACCGAUGUUGUCAAGGAAGACCAACCCCAGGUUAAACAAUCCAUCUCAGAUUUAAAUGUAACACAAAAAGUUACCACAGAAGAAAAGAAGUUGACAGCAAAGGGUCCACAACCUGGUGAAAGAUUUAAAAAGCUGAAGGAGGAAGAGGCACGGAGAAAGCAGCAAAGAGAAGAAGAAAAGAGGAAAGCUGAGGCUGCGGCUGUGGCCGUGGCUAAAGAAUCUUCAAUAGCAAAUGAGAAGGAAAGCGAGGCUGGAGUUGAUUUAGUUGUUGAAAAAAAUGAAGCACAAUCUUCUGAGAACAUUAAUCUCAAUUAUUCCAAUGGAGUUUCUGUGAAUGGUAAUCUGUCUAAACAUGACUUGAAGGAAAGUGAAGAGACCGCACCCACAUUUCGGGUGGCAGACAAUGCAGUCUCUACAAGCUCAACAGUUGACAAGAGGGAUACACCGCCUUCACACGAAGAUCUCAAAAAGGAAGUGGUAGAGGCAUACACAACCUCAGCCACUAAAGAUAACAACUUUUCUGAGGAAGACACACUUGAGGCCAGAAAAGAUUGACCCUAAAGAGAGUUCAAGAACUGUGAACAUGGGCAUUGAUAAAAUCAAGUUGACUCCUUUCAACAGGUCUUAUUAUACCCACCCACCUAAGUAAAGCAUCAGCAGCAAUCGUUUACAGGAAGAAAUCGAAACAACCAUAUAUGUUGGGGUUUUCAUGCAAAGGCAAUGACAGAUGCAGAAUCUGUACAAAAGAGGUAAGGUUUCUAGUGAGGUUGUACUCAGUUGGCAAUUGGCAUUACUAUACAAGAAAAGUAUAAUAUUAAUUUUUUUCCCUCCUUCUUGGCUAAACCUCCCUACAUACAUACAUAGUCAUGACUCAUUCAUUAGUAUACAUUCAAGUUCAACUGGUUAAUAAGAUGGUGUGUUACUUUUGAAUCA